UUUUUUGAGCUCAACUGCGGGGAAGGUGUGGGUGUCCACACCCCCACGGAUGCAAUGCCCAUGGGGCGAGCCACGUUCAUGGGUGGCACUGUGGGGUAAAACUGGAUUUUCAAAGAGAGCCCGGUUUUUGGGGUUGGCUGAUGAAGCGACACGCAGCACUGAGCUCGUAAAACCAGCACCACAUAGAUUUAUUCUGAAAGUAACACAGAAAGGAUGUGACGAAAUGUUAGGAAGAUUCAAGAUUUAAGUCAAUAAAAAUGCGUCGGGGGUUAUUUUACCUGGUGACUGAGCGGGCGCGUGACCGCAUGGUCAAGUACAGGCGUGUUAAAUGAUAAAUUAUAAAAGAAAUGGCAACACCAGUCAACAUCUAUCUGCAUAUCUGCCCGAGCUGAAGGUCAACUGAAUUCGAGCAGCACCUAAAUCUGGAUUUAUUCUCUAUUUCCAACAUUCCUCCGUCUGUUUGCAGACUUCUUCUGCCGCCCAAAUAGAAAGAGAGACAGGAGGAUGAUGCUCUGUGUCCUUCAUGUGAUCAUGUCUUCUGCGUUUUUCAACCCCAGUUUCGCCUUCAGCUCCCAUUUUGCUACAGGAAUUUGAAAACACCGAGGGAGAGGAGUACCAGGCAGACCUGUCCGCACUGGCCUUGCCGUCCUCCCAGAAUGGCCCCGAGGUUUACAUCCUGCCCCUCACUGAGGUCUCCCUGCCUGUCUCCAAACAGCCAGGCAGAUCAAGUAAGAAACAUCAACGGUCACAAAAACUACACACUACUUUUCACAGCAACAAUAACUGAUACAAACAUUUAUUUCUUCAAUAACUGCAAAAAGAGUCAAAUGAUUUGAUUCUGGAGCUUUAAGAACUUAAAAAAAUAAAUUAGACACAGCAUUUACUCAUAAUAAAAUGACUCUAGCCACCAUAUAUGUAUAUGUAUGUGGAUAUAACACACUAUAAAAUAAUACAUUGUUUUUCUAAAUAAAUGUACUGUGAUUGGCCAGCUGGGUUCCAGUGGAGUGCUGCUAGACCAUCAAUUUUGUUCAGCAAAUGUCGGUCUAGAUUAUAGGUUAUAAUGACACAGUAUCACAAACACCCAUAUUGAUUUGGUUCAUUCUAAUAUGCUCCACUUAUCCGACUGCAUGUUUCCUUCCUUGUCACCUGCUUGAAUUUUAUCAAGUCAUACUGCCUCAUAUAAAAAUGUGCAUUUGCAUGUGAGUGUGAGCCUCAUUCUGGGUGCUCAGCUUGUCUCAGCCUGUGUGACUCACAGGCUUGUCUGUGCUGCACGCACGGCUCUGCUAGAAUGGGGGUUAGCUGCUGCUCAGCAUCUCUGGAUGAGAGGGCCGAAAAUGAAUGGACAAGGCAGCCUGAGGUGUAAAGCCAUCACCAAGCUUGCCUCUGUCCCUCUUAGCAACGGCUGUGCGAUUGGUCCAAGUGUUGCUGGGUAAGACAGAUUGGGAAAGGAUUGCUUCCUUCCACUAAAUAAAACAGGAACAUUUAUGAUUUAUUUGAAUUAUUUUAUCUAUAAUGACAUUUUGCUCUACACAAAAUAUUUCAAAUAUAAAACUUUAUAUAUUUUAUUAUAGAUAUUUAGUUUGCAGAUUUUUAAUAAAUUAAUCUACAAGAAAAGCUCCAUGCACCCUUUGAACAAACUGGUCUAGGAAAUACUCCUACAGAAAAUGUGCUGUUGUAUAAUUGGUAGAUAAGCCAAUAAUAUGGUUUUAGAUGAGCCCAGCAUCAGUUCAACAUCUGGAUGAAUACACAAUAGUGUUUGUUGUUGAUCUGAUGAUCAUAUAUGUGCCUUUAAUUUUUUUUUGCAGCUAUCAAGUGAAGCUUUGCUACAGAGUUUGAAUACAUCAGUGUGAGUGUGUGAAGCCAUUGUGUUUAUUUCCCACCGAUCCUUCAUUGGACCAUUCCAUAUUCUGUCAGAAAUGCCAUUAACAAGACUGCACUCUCACACGAUCCACAUUAGGAAUAAUGCUGCAUUUUAAUUUCUGAGUCUUUGUCUGUCAGAAUGGGAGGAGGUCCAUGGGUUCAGGUGGUGAAAGUCUAUCACCGUGACAACCUCCGCCCAGCAUUCCAGUACAGAAUGGGCCUUGUGUGUGUCUACAUUGUCUAAUGAAGUGUGUGUUUCUGCAUGCAUUUGAGGCACUAGGUACCAGGAGACAAGACCUAAGCAUGCGAGUGGACGACAGCAACAAUGGCCUUGAUUUAAAGUGGGCUAGGCUAGUGGGGGAGCAUAAUGCUGAGCUGAAAUGUUUGAGGAACACACCAGCGGAGGACUGGCAUCUUGAGCCGAAUACAGUGAGGGGUCUGUGGCAGAAUGAUGAGAUGCGCGGUGGCCUAAGAAAAAGGAGGGAAACGCCUUUAUGGGGUGGCGAGUUUAGAUGACAAUGAUUUAUUUUAUUACUUAGGACAGAGCAACGUUUGUUUCAUGUUCGGCUAAGGAAUUCUGCUGUCCUGGGUGACAAGGAGACAUUAUGUGGACCUUAUGUCAUAACUAGGUCUACUACUUUCUUCUGCAAUUUGCUCUACUUGGUGUGUGUGUGUGUGUGUGUGUGUGUGUGUGUGUGUGUGUGUGUGUGUGUGUGUGUGUGUGUGUGUGCGUGUGUGUGUGUGUGUGUGUGUCUGCUCUGUCUUCUCCAUCCCCAGUGAGUCGUGGAGGAUGGCUGCUUAUACUGAGCCAGGAUUCUCUGGAGGUUUCUUCCUGUUAAAAGGGAGUUUUCCUCUCCACUGUCACUGCAUGCUUGCUUAGUAUGAGGAUUGCUGUAAAGACUCUGACACUAGUCAGUGACUCGAUGCAACCUACUGGGUUCCUUAAAUAGGAAACUUUUUACUGAUUGGCUUAAUGAACUGACCUGUAUUGGAAUGUUAACUAUGUGAAGUGCCUUGAGACGGCUCUUGUUGUGAUUUGGCGCUUUAUAAAUAAACUUGAAUUGAAAAGGUUGAAGCUGCAGAUAGAGCUGGAGUGUCAAAAGACAUACUGUCAACAUGUGUGCUGGUCGCAGCAGGCAUGUGUGUUAAAAAAUCUUUGCAUCCACAGCUCAUAUGCUGAGCCACUGGCAGAUAACUUUGUCUUCCAUUUACUGGUGACUUGAGUUUAGUCCAUUGAGGAACUGGGAAUUUCAGUCAGCUGAACAGCUGGAAGGCCCUUGAGGCGGACAGUAUGGGUGUUUGUGUGUGUCCCAGUAGGAGGAUGAGCUCGGCGCAGAUGGGGAGAGGCUUGUUCAGCUGUGCGAGGGCUCGGUGGGUUAAAUCCAUGCCGGGGCGCUCCCUCUCUAUCUCUCAUGCACAAUGAGUUUGCGAAGCCUGGGGCUGGAGCAGGAGCCAUGGGCUUUUGGUUCCCACACAGAGCCUGGGGUUUACCAGGGUCUUGGACUCAGUCCCUGUUAUGGCGGUGAUGGUGGUUAUCCGCUCGACUUUAUCAUCAUCAUCAUCUGGUCUAUCUCCAUCAACAUAAGUGAUGAAGAUUCAUGGAGUGCAGCUGCAGAAAUCGUCAGACAUUGGCCGUCACAGUCUGGUGUAUCUAGGAGAGAUUGGACAUGGCUGGUUUGGAAGGGUUGUGUUGGCUGAGGUCAGCACGGGCGUCCCCACCACCAAGGUAGUGGUGAAGGAACUGAAUGCCAGUGCCAGCAUUCAGGACCAGAUCAAAUUUCUGGAAGAGGCGCAGCCAUAUUGGACUCUCCAGCAUCCCGCUCUCCUGCAGUGCCUUGCUCAGUGUUCAGAGGUCACUCCGUAUCUGCUGGUCAUGGAGUUUUGCCCUCUGGGUGAUCUCAAAAAUUACCUCUGCAGUUGUCAGGCGACUGAUUCUGAGACUCCUGAUACUUUGAUCCUCCAGAAGAUGGCGUGUGACAUAGCUUCAGGGCUCCAUCACCUUCACAAAUACAACUUCAUUCACAGUGACCUGGCAUUGCGAAACUGUCUGCUAACAUCAGAAAUGUCUGUCAAGAUUGGGGACUAUUCCCUUUCCCACAGCCGAUACAAGGGUGACUACUACAUAACACAAGACCAGAUUUGGGUGCCUCUGCGCUGGAUUGCUCCAGAACUCAUUGAUGAGGUCCAUGGAAACCUGCUGGUUGUUGAUCAAACCAAGAGUAGUAAUAUUUGGUCAUUAGGUGUGACCUUCUGGGAACUGUUUGAGCUGGGAAACCAGCCAUACAGACAAUACUCUGACAGACAAGUGCUGACUCAUGCUGUGAAGGAACAGCAGCUCAAACUCCCCAAACCCCAACUCCAGCUUCCUUUGGAUGACCACUGGUAUGAGGUUAUGCAGUUUUGCUGGCUGCAGCCGGAGCUCAGACCCAGCAGUGAAGAAGUACACCUUCUGGUCACACACUUGUGUGGCAAAUGCUCUACUGAAGUCAAGGAAGACUUUACGCAACACUGGAAUACCUUGAGGCCAAACUUGCUUGUCAGCACAUUGCAUACAGCUUCAUCCAAAGCCCUGGUUCUGACCCCCACACCCACCUCAGCUGACCUCUCCAGUGCAGAGCAAACUCAGGCAGUAGAGCUGGCCUCCUCUGCUCCAUCCUGCUUCCCUCUCCUGGAGCACUUCUCAGACAGCUUUCACUCUGACACGGGGGAUGACCUACUGACCGUCACAGAGACAAGCCAUGGUCUCAAAUUUGAGUACAAAUGGGAGCAGGCUCGUUCUGAACAGCCAUACUGCACCUCUUCUGCAAGUGCGCCACUUGGCCAGGAGAACACACAUUACCAAGAUAUAUAUUAUUCAAAUGCAGGAAGACCCACAAGGGGCGGCAAGACUAUCAGUCUGACUUUAAAUAUGUCCCCACCCUAUUAUGAACCUGAACAUGUAAGCGUUGUCCCAGUGCUGAGCGCCCACAGCCCCUCAGUGAGCAGUGAGUACUACAUUCGUAUAGAAGAACCAGUCCUGAGUAACAUUAAGCUGGAUGAUGGGGUUGGAGGCUACAGCUCCCGACUGGAAACCACUAAGGCAGAGCCUUGCGUUUACUGGUCCACUGCUGACAACACAUCAAUUGACUCUGACUCCAGUCCCACCCUCCAAAAAACCAUGCAGCUACUACUGAGCCAUUCAUCAAGUAACAGUCCUGUAGAGUUUGGCCACUUGCACAAUGACCCCCUAACUGAACGCAGUAAACCAGACUACUGCAAACAUUCAGCAGAAUGCAAGACACACAAGUUGUCCUGCUCACCUGAUCUGGAGACUUCAUUAGAGUCACAAACACACCUUUUGCAUCCACAGUGCAAAUUGGAAAACCAACACAAUUUAUCCCGAACUAUCAGCAGCCCCAGUUUAGGGUUCUGUGAUCCUUACCUUGAAAAAAACUUAGUUAAGGAAAGCUGCCAUAGUAAGGCAGGUAAUCUCAGAAACACCCUUCCUAUUGUUAACCCUGGUAAGAAAGAUGCAGAAACGGGUGGUUCCCUACUGUCGGGUCGAUGGAGAAGUGGUGAGAUUAUGAAUGACUUGUUUUCUGAUGGAGAGGCCACAAACUGGAUCUCAAACCACUCAGCAAACAACAACAGCCUGAGCUGUGAGUGCAGGCAGAGAGGCAAUGAAAAGGACACUUAUCUGAAUGCUACAGAUUUAUGGUCUUUAACCAAGGCCACCACGAGAACCUUCGGAAGCUCUAAACUUUGCGGCAGCACUGAGGGCAGUGGUGGCAACUCUGAUUGGAGCCCGUCUUUGGAGCCUGUUAGUUCUGGCUUAUACUUUCACUUGUGCCAAAAAGAAAAAGCUGCAACUCAAAGAGACACGUGUGCAAACUUCGAUUACUUGCAAAGCACCAACCUUCUCCCCAAUGUUACCGAGGUUGGAAACAUGGAAGGUAACUAUGAAAGGCAGUUGGUGGCCAACCGAGAGAGUGACUACAGUGAAGCUGAUGAUGACAUCUCAGAUAUUACAUCAGGAGUUUUUACUGACUUUAAUCUUGACUUGAGCGAGGCCGAGGAAGAAGAUUUUAGCCCAACGAAAACUCAAGAGAAGGUUCCUGAAUCUGUGGAUGCUAUUAAUCUAUUUUCAUCAGCGGCAAGCUCCUGUGACCAGGCCUUCAGUCCCGAUGCCUUCAAUAACCCUAUCUUGCCAAAAUCUCUGGAUAGUGGCUAUGACACAGAAAACAAUGAAUCUCCAUUGUUUAUCUUCAAAGAGCUUGGAGAUUCCCCGAGUGUUGAGAAUUGCCCGAGGCUUGGUGGAGAAUCGGAAAUUGCUCUGCAGGUUGGUUUGGGGCAGGGAGUCUGCACUUCCGCAAGCACCUUGGAUGUGCAUGUAAGAAACCUGCUUAACAAGAUACCGUACAGGGCCUCCGCUUACUUCUCUGACUAUGAUGCAGAGAACGAGAGGAGUCCCAUAGAGGAAGACCGUAAGUUCCUCAUGGGUUCAGGUGACCAUCAUUGGCCUGCUAUUUUGAGCUAUGUUGUAAAUGGUUCUGUUGAAAGAAAAGUCAAGAACGAGAACAGUUUUUCAAAUCUGAAGCACAUUCAAAGUCGUGUUUUGGCGAAUCUCUCAGAAGCUGAUCCUAAUUUACCUCACAUUUUCUUCACCCCUGGGUUGUCCAUGCUGUCACCGUUUCCUCCACAGAUGGGUGGGUGCCUGACCAAAGAGUCUGCCCCGGCAGAAGAUGAUCCUGGUUUGGAGACGGAGCAUUCAGCAGAAGAGCCUGCAUCAGAGCUUAGCUCCUCCUCUGGGUCAGAAUCCUCCAUGGCUGUCAAACAAGACUCUUCCAAAAAUGAAAAAAGGAGCAGGGGAGCAGAAGGCUGCUCCUCCGCUCAUUCACUGGAGUGUGGUUGCAACAUAAAGGACUGUAGAGAGGACCCCUGUCAAGAAAAUGAAAAUGGCGGUGGAUCCCCUGAAGAUGAAGAAGUGAAUGAUUACAGCCAUGUCCAAAAAGACCUAGAGGACACAACAGAGCGUGUGAGAAUCAAUGAGGAAGAGUUUGAGGACAUAGAUGCAGAUGAGAAUGAUAGCUUAUGUGAAGAAUCUAAUAUUCCUCAAAAACUUCCCAAUUCUUCGCCACCAUUGGAACUUUGUGGCGAAGAUGUAAGAGCUCCGCUCGAAGAGGCAGAGGAUGAAGAUGAUUCAGACGAAAGUGAGUCUGAUGAGGAUCUGAGAACGUAUAAGGUCCAAGAAGACAGCGAGGAGAGUGAGGAGGAUUUCACCACAGUGCCAGUUGUAGUAAGUGACUGCAGCAGGGCGAGGAACCUCCGCGGCCUUCUGAAGACGCCCACCCUGCUUACCCAUUCCUUCUGUGAUGAGUUGGAGAGGAAGAAAAAGGCUGUGUCCUUUUUUGAUGAUGUCACAGUGUUCUUUUUUGACCAGGUAUGUAACGACAUGUUAAAAUUUUACAAACUCUUGAAUCAGUUUAUAUACCUCUCGAUGAUUUUCAGGAAAGCCCCACAGGAGAGUUGGCGGAGAAUUCAUUCUCCACAGAAAGAGAGCCCAGUGAGGAGGAACCUUCAGACUCUGAGCUCAAAGCUGAGUCCUGUGACACUCACUGUGUUUCGAACCAAACAGACGGAAACAACUCUGAAAACGGUGGGAGUUAUAAAUGGGAAGAUAACCACUCCAUUGAGUUCUGUCCAUCCUCACUUCCAACCACCCGGGACCCAGAAUCCUCUCCCACCUUUGUCCUCCACGCAGGUGAAGUUCCCAAACCUAUCUCUGUGCCACUCAACCGUGCCACGGUCUCACGCUUCUCCAUCACACACGUGUCUGACACCAAUGUGGGCCCAGAAACAGGAAACAACGAAGAUAAUCCAGACGAACGAGAAGCCAGUUAAAUUAUUUCUCAACACGGAGAACCCUCGUCAUUCUAAAUGAUUUAUAGUUUUAUUUUUUUAUUAUCGUUUGCCACAUCUGCCCUAGUGACCCUUUAUGAGACAGUGCCUCAUAUUUUUGUCCUGAAUGAUUUUCACCCACUUUUUUUUACUUUCACAGAGAAAGGGGGGAAACAGCAAGAUCAUCAACCUCAGAAAGCUCAGUUAUGUUUGCAAAAAUGGAAUGUGAUGUUUUGCACCAGUCUCUCUGAAGAACUAUGCAGUUCUUUUUUCAGAUGUAAAAUUAUUUGCGGUAUUUCAGGCAACUUAAGACAUUCAUCAAUCAUACAUUUUGAUGGUUAAACUUAGAGGUGCUUCACUGAACAAAAUUUCUUGAUGAUUUCUGAUCGAGUUUUUCAUGCAGGCUGAACAUGAAAACUGUCCUCUACACCUGUCUCCUGCAACACGUUCUGACAGAAAAUAGACGGUGAGACAGUGAAAUACACUGACAGCUCUACAUCACAUAACCUUCACAGACUCCCCAGUCCUGACUCACAACAGGUAAUGCUAUCGUUAACAUCCAGGAAUGUAAAAGCUAAAAUUCCUCCAGGCUUGUGUUAUUUAUGGAAAAAAAACAUCCACAUUGGAAGUCAGUGGUAGAGCGGUGUUGCCGUUAUCCAAUCUGGGGCGAGAUGUCCAAAUAUCAGGAAAUAUCAGGCCCGCAGAGCGGCAGCACUUGUCGGUGCUGAAACCAGGAAUUGUGGGCUUUUUUGCCCUGAGUAUGGCUUGCAAGGCAUCAAUUCAUACCGGAGACCACUGCAAACAUAUUGAUUAAACAAGUUUCCCUCUUUAAUUUGUGCCAUAAAUUCAAGUCAUUUAUUAAUCACAUUGAUUCUCUGUGUUACUUGGAUACAGGAAAUUUAAUCACCACGAAUCUUGGUUUACAGUGUACUUAUUUGUUGUCUAUCCUGGGUAAAAAAAAAGCUGCUUGUGUUCAUGCUGUUAGCGUGUUAGUUUGUCAAAUUAAAAUGUUUUGACAAAAUUUACUCAGCAGAAUGCCUUAACUUAUAAGUCACACAUGUUGAAUGUCAUUUAUCUUUAUGCAUCCAAAAGCACUUCAUAUACAAUGUAUUUUACAUGUGAUGAAGGCUCAAGCCGGAAAUGUAUGGACUACAAAAUGUAUAGAAAAGAAAAGGCAAAUUGUAUGAAUCUUCUAUCAACAUGUAGCAGGUAGCUCGACUUGAAUUCCUUCUGCUGUAGACACACCUUCCUUUCUCUAUAGUUCUGUAGCUCUGAUUGCGAAUGCCUUUCCUUCUCACCUUGCCCUUUAUGUUGCACAAGACAAGAAAAUAUUGUUGGCAUUUUUUGUGAGCAUUUUGAACCAACCCAGGAUGGCCAUCUCUGAAGAUUGCCUAAGAAUUACAGAGAAGCCUGUUGGUUUGAGCGGCAGAUGCCUUCGGAGAAGCUGAGAUGGUACUUAUGACAUCAUUUCUUUUUCCAUUCACUGUUGUACUAUCCAACCCUCCCAACAGUAAAUAAAUCAAAGUAUCUUUUC